UUGGUCACGUGGUUUCAGGUGCUGGAGGAAUGGGAACUGCCGCGAGGGUUGUGCUGCGAUUGCUCGGAAACAGCACUAACAGCAUAUCAGUUCAGACAGCUUUGCAAGCAAUCGGACAACCAUUGGAGGAGAUCCAUCGAACUGAUUAAUAAAUCCACACUGAUACCACACGACCACAAAACCAUAUAUAUAUCAUACGCAGAUGAAGUUAUAUAUAAAGAUGAUGGAACAACCAACUCAUUGAAUGCAGCAGCAAGAUUUAACACCAUCAGAAAAGGUUCUAGCCGGCCAAGAUAUAAAAAACACGUGAAAAUUAACGGCGAAACGAAAUGCCGUGAUUGUGGCAAAAAAUUUCCUCUGCCAUACUACCUGAACCGACAUUUGAAGAGUACGCCAAAACGGGCCUGCACUCAAUGUGGAGAGGUGAUGCUUAAGGAGAAAUUGGCUAUUCAUUUGGAAACAAUACAUCGGAUACAUGUAUUUUACUGCGACAUUUGUUAUCAAUUGUUCAAUGAUAUAAAUGGAUUGGGAAGACAUAAGGAAGUUUAUCACAAAGACAGCGCGUUAGAAUGCAAAGUGUGCAGAAAUGGAUUCACCAGCGACAGAUCACUCGCCGCUCAUAUGUACUCGCAUACACUAUUCAACUGUUCUUCAUGCAACAGAGCGUUUGAGAACCGAAAGUGUUAUAUUUACCACAAAGGCGAAUGCACCGGACGGAAAUCAUACGCGCAGAAUAUGUAUGAAUGUCAUGACUGCGGCAGCAAAUACAGUAAAAAACCAUCACUAAGGAUACAUAUAGUGCAAAAACAUUUGAAUAUAUUGCCGUUUGUUUGCCAGACUUGCGGGAAGAGGUGUUCCACUAAAAACCACUUGAGAUCUCAUGAACUAGUUCACAAAACGGAGAGACAAGUGUACGAGUGUUACUGCGGCGCGAAAAUGCGAUCAGCACUGGGAUUUGAGAUGCACCAGAGGAUACAUUCGGGGGAGAAGCCAUAUGUUUGCGAGGAUUGUGGGGACAGAUUUCUAUCAGCUUCUAGAAGACUGGACCAUAUAAAGAGGAAACAUAGAUCUAAAGAAUUAGCCCACGGUUGUGAUAAAUGUGACGCUAAAUUCGUCAGGCCGUUCGAACUAAAGAAACAUUAUAGAUCUGUACACUUGAUAAAUAUCCUAAGAGAAGAGCUCUAUAUACCGAAAGGUAUCUGCAUCGGCUGCUCAAGUGUGGCGAUCUCGGCUUUCGAAUUCAGGUUAUUCACAAGGAACUCUGUGAAUCUAUGGAAAAACUGCAUCAAUACUAUAGACACAUUACCGAAAAUGUCAUGCAAUAAGUCGAUAUACGCCAUCCUGAGAGGAAAUAUGUCGCUGCAGGUAGUGAACAGCUUCAACGGCGGUAAAAUUGAGCUGGUGGAACAUCUUUCCAACCGUCUGACGAAGAAGAAACCCUUAGUAGUUGAGAAGAAGCCGCGACAUCCUAGAACAGGACCGGCCUGUACCUGUGUUGAUUGCGGAAAAGCGUUCCUAAGUCCAUACUACUUGAAUCUACAUUUGCGUAACAGCGGACAGAAGGAAGCCUGCUGGCUGUGUGGAGCCAUGGUCGUUAGAGGGAGCGAAAUGAAGGAACAUCUAUCAAUGAUACACAAAACCGACAUGAUCCUAUGCCCAGAUUGUCCCACUUUGUUGAAAAGCGAACAGGAAUGCAAGAGGCAUCUCAAGAAAUGCCACGGCCCGGGGAAUUUGACGUGCGCGGAUUGCGGCAGGACUUUCCAGAGGCAGACUUCCUUCGAGGUUCACACUCAAAUGCACACCGUCCGGACUUGCAGGGCUUGUGGCGCGCAGUUCACGAAUCGCGGCUGUUACAGAGAGCAUAGGUCCAAAUGUGAACCUGACGCCAAGCCAGAUAGGAAAUCGGUGCCGAGGAGUAGAAGAUCGAAUGUUCGAGACCCAGCAACAUUCACGUGUGACUAUUGCUCGAAAACUUACCACUCACGACCCCAGCUGAAAAAUCACAUAAUGUGGAUACACAUGGACGUAAGACCACAUCAGUGCCAGUGGUGCGGGAAGAGGUUUUACACGCCGGCUCGUCUGGCCGAGCAUAUGGUGGUGCAUACUAGAGUAAGAAACUUCGAAUGUGACAUUUGUGGCGCGAAAUUAGUCUCGAAAAUGGCGGCCGUGUACCACAGGAGAAGGCAUACAGGUGAACGGCCGUAUGAGUGCCAGGAUUGUGGGGAGAGGUUUAUUUCAUCUUCUAGAAGGUCCGAGCACGCUAAGAGAAGACAUAACCGAGGUUUAAGAUUCCAAUGCCCGCACUGCCACGCCUCGUUCGUAAGGAGCCACGAGCUCAAGAAGCAUACGGACAAAGUACAUAAUGACGAUCUAAAAUUAAAAGAUAAGAAUUGUAUAGAUGUUUGA